ACGGUUCUUUAAACCGCAGCUGGCGCCGGGGCCUCCUCGGCCAUCGGUGUCCCCGGUCACCGGGCUGGCUUCGCCUUGAGAAAUUCACCUCCGGUCGCCCUGCUGAUCUGUCUGGAACAGGUCGCUUCUCCUGGUGACCUCUGGGUCUCAGGUUUGCUCUCUGGUUUGAAGCUCGGGUAGGCCGAAGAUAACGGCUCACCCGAGAAAGCUGAAGAUAGCAUCUUUCUGGUCUUCCCAGUGCUUUUCUGUGUCUACGUGAAGCUGUCGGUUGUUUCUUCAAACUCAUUCAUCAUCAGGACAGCAGUGAAUUUUUGCCCAGCCGAAGCUGCUUCAGACAUUGGACCUGUACUUUGUGCAAAUCGUAUUUUAUCCAAGUUUUUGCCUUUCUUCUGUUAUUAGGAAGAAUGUCUGUUGAUUGUUACGCUACUAACCACCAGAUUGUGAUCACUCUUGAUUGGCUUUCUUGGAGAACGUUCUUGUCCUGGCACCUGCGUGUAAUUGCUGCUGGGCCAAAAAUGAUCUGCCUGACUGUAGUACUCCCAAGGCAUAUUGCUUCUCCGUGAUACUGUGACUGCGGUCUGCUGUCAGGUCACAGCAAGCCAUGCCAGUCUAAAGGUUGAGACCUUUAGACUGCACAUUUUUGUAGCGUGGGAGAUGAGAUCCCACUUGGGACAAGGAAUCUCUCCGGGGCAGACAUUCCUGUGGCUGCUUUCCAUCACUGUUAACGGAGAGAUGAGCAUGGCCAUGAUCUAAGUGGAAUUCUGAACCUGUUGAUUUAGAAGUUGCUCACAAGGGGCUGGAAGUGUCUCAAGAAGUGAAUUUUACCGUUACUUUUAAUCAGCCAUCAAAUGUAAUCAGCACUCAAAUGUAACUGCCUGAAUUUCUGCAGUAUUUUUCCAUGUAGUUGCAAGCUUGCCUUGCCCUCCUUGCGAGCAAGCUGGAAGCCCCAUGGUUGCAGUAGCACAACAUGGAGACCAAACUAAUAAGCAGCGUUGUUCAGUGAGUUCAACGUCUCGAGCUCUGUGCAGUGCUAGUCAGAGCUGGCUAAGUCAUACCUGCCUGGAGAUGCACGUCUGCUUGCAGAGCUGGUGACAGCGUAGCAUCUCUCCUUGGCUUCUUUGGGGGUCCAGCAUCUCUGAAAACCAAGAUAUUUAAAUCAAACCACAGGCCUGGCCCACUUCUAGAACUUUACAAGAGAACAGUCAAGGUAUUUGUCAUCUUACGAAAUGAUAGAGGAAGAAAGAAAACAGCUAUAUAGAAAUAGCAGACAGUAGAAGAGGUGUACAGAGCAAGAUGCUGCACUUAAUUGGACGUGGAAACCCUUUGGCAGCCACAAUGACCCGCUGGUACAGCUUUUGUUGAACUGGGAUCAGAUACAAAAUUCAAAAGUGGGUUGCUAACUUAAAUGACAGUGUGGGAAACUUCAGAGCAAAAUGAGCAGAAUGAGAAAUGUUUUGCACAAUGCAAGAGUUGUCCCUCUGAUCUGACCCUUCAAAAAGCGUGGUUUAUUGCUUGCGAAGAUCAGAAAACCAGAAGCAUUGUCCCCAUGUGAGAAACGCCACAGACAUAUGCCUAGCAUGGAAGGCAACAGGGAUGUAAAAAACACAUUUAAAACCCAGGAAAAUAUUUCCUGCCUAAGAGAUAUGUCAGAGAACGGUGGUGAUCUAAUUCAUUUUAACACAACAGUUAGCGUCACUGCUGCAGAAGCAGAGAAAUACUGCAGCAGACAGGUGCAUUCCAGCCUCACAAAUCUGAUCACUUAUCACACCAACAACUGUUGCCUUAACACAGAAGACACUGUUUCUAGUCAGUCUCCUGAAGAUGCCCAGACAUGUGAAAAGAAUGGGCUAGGUAAACCUCUAACCGUGAAUACUUUGUUCAGUGAGCAGGCAAAUAUUCCUGUAAAUAACCGUUAUUUUGUAAAAGAAGAUUCUGAAAAUUCUGGCGCUCUUCUGGAGAUUUAUCCAAAGAAAAGUCUAAGCAUAAGCAAUGACUUUUCUGAUGAUGACCUGGAGUAUUUUGAACGUUCAGAUGUGCUGCCAACCCAUGAAAAUGAAAUCUGGGAAAAGAAACUGCAGUUUUUAUUAGAAAGUGAUGAUGAAGGUGAUUUAAAACUGAGUAAGGAUUGUGAUGGGUGUGCUUACUUCCUCCGUGAAACGCCUUGUCUGUUUGAAGUGUCAGAUAACAGUGUGCCUAUGGAUACCACCAUUGGCUUCUGCGGUCAUCACUCAAAAUUCGAAGGAGUAAAUGUAAGGAGAGAUCCCUCUACCAGCCAGUCAACUUUGCAGUCGGAGAUGACUCUCACUGUUGGACACCAUCAAGAUAAAGCUACCGGUUUGAAAGACAAAGAGAAAUACAAACUGCCUGUUGCUUCUGCAGCCAUUGAAAAUGACUAUCCCAGAAUUGAAGAAGAAAAUAAUGGAAGUGGUCACUCAGCUGCAGAUUUUUCAGUUGAUAAAUCGCAGGACAUGGAUAGUGUACUUGCAAAGGUGGACUCCUCUACUAGUGGUAUAGGUACUUCUGUGACAAAUCAGGCUUCAGAGAUAAUGUCAGAAGAUAAUACGGACAAGGACUUACCAGGUGACAGCUCAUUGCAACUAGAGGAGGGGAGAAGAAAUUUGUCAGAGGAAAAAUCAAGGCAUGCUGUCUGUACCUUAACAGAAAAUCUAAGAAGAAACCUUUUAAAGUUGCUAAAUCCUAAAGAGCUUUGCAGAUAUGUAAGUAAUAUAGGACAAUCUUUUCAGACUGCAGCUGAGGUUGGGGAAUCCAGUGCUCUGUUUCCUGGUCAGGAAGGUGUCAUUUCAGCACAAAUCCACGAGGAGACAGAAAGCUUGCAAAUGCAGGCUGGUUUGCGUCAAACAGAAGAGGCAGAUAAAGACUGUCAUUGGGAGUGGAAAAGGACUUGGGGCCUGUCUGAGCAAAAUCAGGUGCCAGAUGAAAAUGUCUCACUCAGGAAUCAAGAUGCCAGUCCUAGAAUCUUUACCCAGAAUUAUGAAAGGCAAUGUGGGAAGCCUGAAACAGAGAAGAAAGGUAUCUUCAUGACUUGUGGGAGUGCAGUCACCACCGAUACACCUUCAGAAAUGCUCUGUCCUGAAAAGACAUUACACGCAAAAAAUGCAGCUUUACAAACCUAUUCUCAACACCAUGCUCCAUGUGAUAAGAGUGAAAGUGGUCAGCAAAAAUUCUUCUGGGAACAAGGAAUUAAUAUUAUUAGUAAUGGCAACAAAUCAAAGAAUGAAAUUUCAGCUUGUUUUUUUAGGGAAGCAGACUCUGUUCCUAAUAGACAGGAACAUUUAUGUGCUGUUCUGUCUCCUGCAAAGCUAUGUGAUGAGCCAAGGGAGAGAGGGCAAAGGUGUAGUUUUGACUUACAUGAGCGCAAUGACACAGAUACUCUCUGUGUUGUAUCAUGUGAUAAAUAUCUGUUUGACGCUAAUGACAAGACAGUCCAGGAAUCUGGAGAACCUGGGUGCAAAGGAGAUGCUGAUUUAUCGGCAGUGCAUGACAAGCUGUGGAAGCUUCUUCAUGAUGUUGACUCGGACUGUCAGAUCCCAUUUGAGAACCGGGGGAUCACAAGUUUAGAAAUUAGGCCAACGGACGUCAAAGUCAGAGAACCGAGCUUUGUGCAGGAGGCUUGCCCUGAUCAUCCGUUGUCAAUAAAUUUGAUAGAAGAGGAGGAACCUAUUGUACGGCCACCUAGUAGACAGAGAACAGAGAAAGAAGAUUGCAGUGUUUCUAAUAUCCUACUACAAACAGAUGAAGCAUGUAGCAGUGCACCCACAGGAAACAUUUCCCUUGCACAAGUGGCAGAGACGGUUGGUAUACAUCAAGGUUCUAGCACUGGAAAUAGAACAGAAGCACCAUCCAUUCGUAUUUCAGCAAAUAGUAUAUUAGAUGGAGAGGAGUGCUUGGAGCAAAAUUCAAAUCAAACACUAACUGGCAAUAAUGGAUCCAUUCAAAUGACUGCUGUCCAGGAAGGAAAGCUUGCUGUUGAUAAUGCUUUCCGAACAUGUGAUGCAGAUUCUCCUCAAAGAUUAAAAAAUGCUCAGAGUAGUAAUUUUGAAUGUGACAAAGAAAACCCAGCUUACAUGUCAGAUAAGUCUAUUGGACAAUUACUUUGUGCUGAUCAGAACAUAUCCUUAAUGAAUGAGACUGCAGCUAAGUGCACAGAUGAAGAUACUGGUAAACACUCUACUGUUAGAGACUGUUAUUCAUCAAGAAAAGAACUUGUUUAUUUUCCUGAGCAGAAGAACCUUUUCCCCUGGAAUUCCUCUGGUGAAAAUGCCGAUCAAAAACACUUUUCUGUUGAAGCUAUACAUAAAAGUACUGAAGAGGGUUUACAGGGAAAAGGAAACCACUCAGACUUGAAUGCAGAGAAUGCAGAGAAUGGCACGAAUUCUGGCCAUUACCAUCUUUCAAGAAAAGACUGUAAAGAUUUUCACGUUGUUUCUAAUGCACAGAAAUGCAGUUACCUAAUGCAAUUGCCUAAUUUAAUUAAGACUCCUGAAACCGCAAGAUGCAAGAAUCUACCCCAAAACAUACACCAAGCGACAGAGAUAGAAAAGCAAGAAGAAGCAUGCAUUCCAUCUUAUGAGGAUCAUUUUUUAACUGAUUUUUUGGUAGAGGUGCCCCAAUACGAACAAAGUAGAACAAGAGAAGAACAGAGAGACAAUGAACAAAAGGCUGAAACUUCCUGUGGCACAGGAGUGAAGCAUGUUUCAGAAAGUCAGCCUGCAGUUUCCUCUCAGAAUACAACAGAACAACAUGUAUUUUUUGUUGACCCCACUUUCGAGUCUCAUAAAAAAUUCAAAACAAAUUCUUCAAAGAAUCACACACAUGCAUCUGGGAGUGCAACACCACUUAGCACCCCACAGCCUGGAAGGCUUCACAAUGACUACGCCAGCAUAGCAAAUGAAGAUUAUAAAGAUACUAGUAAUCAGGUGGAUAUCCAACAACUGACCAUAAGAGAAACAUUGCCAUUCUUUAUACCCAUGGGCCAGCCAGAGGGCUCUAUUACUAAUGUGUCAGCAACGGGAUGUUCCAGCGUAAGAAGUCAAGUGCAAACCGAAAGCACACAAACUGCAGUCAAAGUGGAUGAAAAUUUGAAUAAAUUGAAAACUUUUCCCAAAGCACUGCAGGGUCAGUUCCAAAAGAACAAGGAGGAAACAGUCUUGCAGGUGGAAGAACGAAGAAUUCAGAGAGCUAAGGAAUAUAAUCCGGAUGAAGCCGAAAUAAAGCCUCCUAUGCAUGCUUUAAUUAGCUCUGAGGCUCGGGAACAGGUUAUAAGUAAUGGCAUUAAGCAGCCCUGUCUUGACUUGAUCUCUUCCAGCAAGCUAACUGGGGUUGAAAAUCCAAUUAAGUCUACCAAGUCUACUCAGUCUACUGAUAAAACUGAAAAAAUCCUGGCAUCAGAGAGUGCAGUAAGUGGUUUAGUUAACUUACCACCAGUUGAUUCAGGGAAUGACCAGUAUUUUCAAGAGCAGCUACCUCACAGCAGAGCUCAGCCCUACUCCUUAGCAUUGACCACAGACGACGCAUUCCUAGUCAAAGUGGAAAGGCUAAAGAAUCAAGAAGGGUCAAAAUCUUACCAGACAGCACCAACUGUUGCUGAGCUUGAGCCCAUCAAGUGUAAGCAAGACACAGCAAAGAGUGGGCAUUCAGCUACUGGGGCUAAGAAACUACCACCAACAGCACUGUCAAAGAAACCCAGACUGGAAGAGAGAAGAAAUGUGAGCAAGAAUCCUAGCUAUAUUAAAAAGUCUGUGAAAAGUGAGGCAGACAUGAUUCAUAGAGAAGAGAUAAAAGAGCAAAGGAAACUACUUUCCGAAAAGGACAACAAAGCUCCCAAGCUGCUGAAGAAGAUACAAGCAGAGUUAUUCCCUGACUGCUCUGGAAAUAUUAAGUUAUGCUGUCAAUUUGGUGACAUUCAUGGCGACUCCACCAUUACAUGGACUAAAGAUUCCAAGUUGCUAGCUCGAUUGCAGAGAAGUGCCCAGGAUGACUCUCCCAUCUCUUUGGCAAUAGCUAAAGCUAGUAACAAAGACCAGGGAAUGUAUUAUUGCUGCUUGAAGAAUAUUUAUGGAAAGGUGACUGCUGAGUUUAAUCUGACUUCUGAAGUCUUGGAACAUCUCUCAGGUUUUCAGAAUCUUGAAGGUCUGGAAGAAAUUGAAUUCAUGCAGCUCAUGUUCAGAGAAGAUUUCAUCAGUGAUAGCUAUUUUGGUGGGAACCUGCAUGGAACAAUCGCUACGGAAGAGCUUCACUUUGGUGAAGGCAUGCACCGGAAAGCAUUCCGCAGUAAGGUGAUGCAAGGCCUGGUGCCGGUGUUCAGUCCUGGCCACCCUUGCGUUCUCAAAGUGCACAGUGCUAUCAUGUACGGGACCAAGAGCAAGGAUGAUCUAGUUCAAAAAAACUACAGACUGGCACUGCAGGAAUGCUAUGUCCAAAAUACAGCAAGAGAGUAUGCGAAGAUAUAUGCAGCAGAAGCUGAACCUUUGGAAGGCUUCGGGGAAGUACCAGAGAUCAUUCCUAUUUUUCUUGUUCAUCGCCCUGCAAAUAACAUCCCCUAUGCCACAGUGGAGGAGGAGCUUGUUGGGGAGUUUGUGAAAUACUCUGUCAAGGAUGGCAAGGAAGUCAACUUCCUGAGAAGAGACUCAGAGGCUGGCCAAAAGUGUUGCACCUUCCAGCACUGGGUGUAUGAGAAGACCAACGGGAGCUUGCUCGUCACUGACCUGCAAGGUGUAGGAAUGAAGUUAACUGACGUUGGCAUAGCAACAUUGGCCAAAGGAUACAAAGGUUUUAAAGGCAACUGCUCCGUUUCUUUCAUUGAGCAGUUCAGAGUCCUUCACCAGUGCAAUAAGUAUUGUGAGAUGCUGGGAUUGAAAUCUCUCCGAUCCACUCAUCAAAAACAGAGGAAGCCAACAUCCACAAAAAGCAAAACUCUGCCAAACUCAACAACUGUAAAGAAAACAGUGCCCAGCGCCCAAGAAAGUAAGAGAACGGAGACUUCAUUUCUUCGGAGCAUUGAGUAGCGCUGGC